UUUAAAAAUAAUCUCUUACGAACGGAAACUAACUAAACGUUUUUUAUUAACUAGCGGUCCACUCUGGCUGCGCCCGUGGCACGUGUUUACGUUUUCUCUCCAUAAGAACCAUCCUCGUACUUCAAGGAAUAUUAAUAAGAAUUAACGAAAUCGGUUUAGACGUUCUCGAGUUUUGCGCUUACCAACACAUUUUGCGAUUUAUAAUUUUUAUUAUAUGUAUAAGAUUAACUUCGAUUUAAUUCAGCUUGAAGAAUAUUCAGUAAUAUCAAAAUAGACGAUGAAUUUGAAGUAUCAACGGUGAAAUGAAAACUACGAAGAAUUGCAUGUCUUAAGUGCCAAGUACAAAAGCGUGUUUUAUUAUUUUAGGUGAGGAUAGCGAGAACAUCAUCGUCGAUGAGAACACAGAAACGCGUAAAGAAAACGCUAGGAAAAUGAAAGACGUAGACGCCAUUAAAGCGAGGAAAAAGAACGCCUCGAUGCUUCUGGAACAUUCGAGAAUAUGCCCGUUUAGAUGGAUGAAGAAUCUGUACAUUUGCUUCUAUUGUGACCAACAAUUUGCCGACCCGGCUAUUUUGAGACACCAUAAUUAUAUAGAACACGAUACAGUCUCUCUAACGACGAUAAAAUAUGCUAUGUCCAAAUUGAAAAGACACGAACUGGUCAAAGUUGAUAUAACAGAUGUUAGUUGUAAAUUAUGCAAUGUUAUUAUAAGUGAUUUGAACAAUCUAAAGUGCCAUUUGGCCAAAGCACAUAAAAAGAACAUAGAUGUGAAUAUAACAGAUGAUGUACUGCCGUUUAAAGUGACGAAAGACAAUUUUAACUGUGCUAUUUGUGAAGAGAAAUUCGAUGAGUAUAAAACUCUGAAUCAUCAUAUGAAUGUACACUAUCAGAAUUUUAUUUGCGAGCAAUGUGGUACUGGGUUUAUUACGCCGGAGCGACUCCGUACUCACGCGUUUUCUCAUGAGAGCGGAUCUUUCCCUUGUGAGAGUUGUGACAAAGUAUAUAGAUCUAUGAAUGCGAAAAACGAACAUUUUGCUAACGUACAUAAACAAGUUAGAAGACACAGAUGUCCUCAUUGUCCGGAAACCUUUAGGAACUAUUUUCAAAGAAAUAAACAUAUAUCAGCUGUACACGGCUUGAAGUUGAAGGAAUUUAAAUGCACGCUCUGUCCUAAAGUAUUUACGUCUAGUGGGAAGCUAGGAGUGCAUGUUAGGACAGUGCACUUGAAAAUGAAAAGGCAUGCCUGUGAUCUUUGCGAAUGGAAGUUUUAUUCUAAGUCAGAGUUAAAGGAACACAUGGUUAGACAUGGUGGUGAAAGAAAGUUCCAUUGUAAUAUUUGUAAAAAGGCGUACGCUAGGAAAUAUACGUUGAGAGAACAUAUGCGAAUUCAUGAGAAUGAUAGACGGUUUAUAUGUAGCUAUUGUGGCGGCUCGUUUGUACAGAAGUGUAGUCUAAAACAUCAUGUCAAAGUAAACCAUCCGACUGUUAAAAUUGACGAGUUUCAUAGCGUUAUAUCCUAAAACUACUAUCCUAAAACAUUUCUACUACUUCACGGUGUAUAUAAUAACAAUCAGAGACUAUUGUGAUAAACUUUGAAGGUAUUAAAAGCAUAUCAAUAUGAAAACAUGAUCCACACAGAAAUUUUAUAGCUUUACUUAUAGUAACGCUGCCUU